AUGAUCAAUUUUGUGGUAUUUGCAAUAUCAUCUUUUAUAUCUAUGUACUAGAAAUUAGGAGCCAAAAGAUUUGUACUUUAUUUGCGUACAGUACAUCGCGUAAAUAUACUUUCUCUCAAAACGUCUCUAUAAUUUCUAGUGGCUAACUUCAUAUAGCAGUAAGAAAGCAGCUGUUUUUAUUUUAAAAACAAUUAUGUAACAAAAAAAAUCGAAGCGGUCGCUGAAUAUUACAACGAGAGACAGCUUCUUGCAAACUGAUCCCUGGAUAAAGCAGAGAAGGCAGGCUCUGGUGGUGCUCGUGGGUGCGAAGAAGUGUUCGUCGGUGCCGAGAUGUUGCGGGCGGGCGGCUGGUCGGCGCGGCUGUUGGUGCGGUGGGCGUCUUCGUCUGCGGAGGAGCGGAUCGGCGGCCUGGUCAAGCAGAGCAAGGUGGUGGUGUUCAUGAAGGGCGUGCCCGCCGAGCCCAAGUGCGGCUUCAGCAACGCGGUCGUCCAGAUUCUGCGAAUGCACGGCGUCCAGUACGACGCGCACGACGUGCUCAAGGACGAGGCGGUGCGUCAGGGCGUCAAGGACUUCUCCAAGUGGCCCACCAUCCCGCAGGUGUUUGUGGACGGAGAGUUCGUUGGCGGCUGCGACAUCCUCCUGCAGAUGCACCAGAGCGGCGACCUCGUCGACCUGCUCGGCCAGGCGGGCAUCAAGUCGGCCCUCCUCGACCAGGACGCCACCACCGACAAGAAAUAGACGAUCCACUCUGCGAGCAGCGGUUUUUAACCAAAAAGAACUGGAAUGUGUAGAGGUUGUUUUUUUUUUUGUCUAGUGCCACAUAAUUGUUAUGCAAUAAAGCAAAAUAAAUAAG